AUGGCGAAGCGACGCUCGAUGUUACCCCCGCGCGCGAUGGCGUCGCGACCGCAGCGCGAGGACGAGGACGGGACGACGAAAUGCGAUGACGAUGCCGCCAUCGAGGCGGCGGCGGCCGAGGGGUCGACGACGCUCGGCGCCCGAGCGCGCGCGCUGCGCCUCGCCCGUGGACGCGCGAUCGAUGGAACGACGGUCGAUGCCGCGUUCGAUGCCGACGGGGCGCUGGACGCGACGCCGCGGGCGAUGGGCGACGGUGGGGACGCGGACGGGAAAGGGCGGUCCGGGUCGACGACGGCGCGGGCGGAUUCGCUGAGCGCGCUGUUGUCGCAAGCGUUGCGCGCGGACGACGCGGCGUUGAUCGAACGGUGCUUGUCGGUGAAUGAUAGAACGACGAUCGCGAACACGGUGAGUCGGUUGAGCGCGUCGAACGCGAUGAAGUUGUUGUCGGAGUGCGCGGCGAGGGCGCAGGCAAAGCCGGGAAGCGGCGAGCGGUGCGCGCGAUGGGCGAGGACAAUCUUGUUGCAUCACGCUGGAUACGCGUCGAGCGCGCCGAAAGCGCGAGCGACGUUGUUGAAGCUGUCGCAGACGAUCGAAUCGCACGUCUCGAUGCAAGGAUCGUUGCAGGCGUUGUUGGGGCGGUUGGAGCUCGUCUUGCACGCGAGCGCGUCGACGAAACAAAACGUCGGCGGCGUGGACGUGGAGGAGAACGACGACGGGGUGACGACGGUCUACGACGAGGCCACGGAUGCGGUUGACGUGUUGCAAGACGUCAUGGGCGGCGCCGGCGAAGAGGGCGAGGACGAGGAGUGGGAGACGGACGAAGACGGCGAAUCCGAAGACGAAGACGAAGACGAAGAAGAAGACGACGACGAUGACGAUAACGAUGAAGAUGACGAUGACGACGAUGACGACGACGAUAUGGUGUAA